AUGAAAUCACAUUCUAUACGUUUGCCUGGAUCUAUUUUAGAUGAAUUGAAGAAAAAUACCCUGGAUGAUCCAAGGUUUCAGAAUCAAAAAUCAAAAAAGAGGGGCAGGUCACAAACUUUGAGUAGGAAAGAAAGAAGAAAACAACAAAGAUCAGAAAAAAAGAGGAAAGCUACCAUUCGAGGAUUAGCUGGCGAAGACAACAAAAAGAGUAAACACGACCAUACCUCAGGUCUUGAAAAUGCAAGAGGUAAAAACAAAUUUCCAAAAAAGAAAAGUGAUCACAUCAAUUAUAAAAACUCAAUUAAAACAUCUGAAAAAAUAUCUACUGAUUCACCAAUUUCAUCGGAUGACAGCUUGGGCUUUGAGGACUUUAGCAAAAGUGAUUUAUCUUCCGAGGAAUGGGAACAAUUAAAAGAUUUUGAAGCGGACGGAAAAGAUAAUUCUCUCGAUGAGACAUUGAGCGCUGAGGAAACCAUGCGCAGAUUGAUUGAAUUGAAAAAGAAGAAGAAUUCUGGCAGUGUUGGGAGCACUAUAAGCCGGAAGGAGGAGAAUGAAUACACAUCAGAAGGAGAAUUUGAUUCUGAUACUGAUCAAAUCCAAGAUUUAACAGCAGCUGAAACUAUGGAACUUUUAAAGAAAUUAAAAGAAAAAAAGAAGAAUGGCAUAAACAAAAGCCCGGAAAUUCAUAAGAAAAAUGGAAAGGGAGUGAAGAACGCUACGGAAGAAAAGGAACUACAUAUAUUGACACCCCAAGAACGUGCACAAAUUGAAAGAGAUGAAAUAGAUAUGAAAUAUUAUGCGAAAAAGUUGGGCUUGAAAAAAAAUAAAAAAAAAAUACAUGCCCGCGAUGAUUACGAUGCCAUUGGUGGUUUGUUGGAAGGUUUAGAUUUCUUUGAAAAUUAUGGCGCAAGUGAUGAUGAUUAUGGUGAAUUCGAAUUAACUAAUAAAAAUACUACUACAGCUGAAUCUAGUGGUGCAGAGGAAACAAAAAGCGAUUAUAGUUCUGAAGAAAACUUGGACCCCCCAUUUUCUUCUGAUGAUGAAUUGAGUUCAGGUGAUUUUGACGAAUUUGAUGAAGGUGACUUAGAUUCUGAAGAAUGGGAACAGUUAAAAGAACUUGAAGGCAGCGAUCUAGGAGGUAGUGACUACGAAAGAGAAAAAAAUAAAAAGAAGGAAAACCCAUACGUUGCUCCUGGCACUGCCCAAUCAAAUGAUAACGACGAGGAUGAUUAUCAAGAAAAUACUUAUAUACCACCUUCCCUACGUAAGAAGGUACAUUUGGAGAGUACGGUUGAUGAAAAACUAAGAAAACAAAUUAAGUCCUCUUUGAAUAAACUUUCGGAAUCCAAUAUUAUUAUUAUCAUUUCUUCUAUCAAUGAAAUGUAUAAUUCAAAUCCACACCAAAUUUUAAAUGAUUCCUUUACUCAUCAAGUUAUAGAAACAAUAUCCACUCCAAAUAAAUUAUUAGAUAAAUUUGUUCUUAAUUAUGCAGGUGUUGCCUUUGCUUUGUGGAAGCUACAAGGUAUUGAGAUGGGUGCUUCCUUCAUUCAGUCCAUAGUAGAAGAUUUUUUAAAACAUUUCAAAUCAGAUAAUGUGGACAAAUCUGAGGAGGGACAAACCUUUUCCAAGUGCUGUAGUAAUAUACUAACUUUGAUAUCCUAUUGUUAUGAUUUUGGCAUAAUUUCUUCUAAUUUAGUUUACAAUAUUAUGCAGUUAUUGAUUGCAAAACCCACUCAAUUCGCCACUGAGUUAUUGCUAAGAAUAAUUUCUGUGUGUGGUCCAAUGGUAAGGAGUGGUGACCCCGCGACAUUAAAAGAAAUCAUUAUCACAUUAAUGGGGAACGUAAAGGGAUUAGAACAAACUUCUAAAAUGAAAUUUUUAUUAGAAACAGUUUCCGAUUUAAAAAAUAACAGAUUGAAGACAUCUCUUUUGGCACCAAGCUAUGUGAAUUUGAAAAAACUUUUAGUGGGUUCCUUGAAAUUGACUAGUACAACAGAUCCUCUACAGGUUUCUUUAAGUGACAUUGAAAAUGUGGAUAAAAAGGGUAAAUGGUGGUUAGUUGGUGCUUCUUGGAAGGGCAAUGCUAGCUCAGCCUUUGAAAAUAAUGAUACUGCUGAUAAUGCUUAUGAUAUUGUCGAUAUGAAUAUAGGUGACAACUUUUUGGAUGAAAUUCCCGACCUAGGUUCUUUAGCUAAGGAACAAAGAAUGAACACAGAAGUCAGAAAGUCUAUAUUUGUUAGUAUCAUGGGUGCUCAGGAUUUUAUGGACGCUUUUACGAAGAUAGAAAAGCUAAAUUUGAAAAAUAAGCAAUCUUUGGAAAUUCCUAAGGUGCUAAUUCAUUGUUUGACUGUGGAUGGAAAUGGUUAUAACCCCUAUUAUAGUUUAUUGGCUAAAAAACUGUGUGAGUACAAUCAUAACAUCUUAAAAGGCUUACAAUUUCAAUUUUGGAACAUUGUUAAAAAGUUUGAAAAUGACAAAGGUGCCCUUUCAGAUGAUGAGGAUGAGGAUGACCACGGAAUUUAUAGUAAUGACGAAACCACCAGUUUGAAAAGAAUAUCAGCACAGGCGAGAUUCUAUGGAUUUUUAUUAGGUUCAGGUAUUUUAAAGAUAGACAUCUUUAAACACGUAACACUAUUGGGAGGAUUAAAUGCAGACGGUAUGGUUUUCUUUGAACUCGUUCUCUAUCAAUUAUUUUUAACUUUGGGAAAGAAUGCGGAAAAAAAAGUUAUUGUCAACCAUAAAAAAGUAUAUGAAUAUGAUGACAGUGAUUUGGUCAGAUGUUUUAUUUCAAAUAUCAAAUCAGAGAACAUUUCAGUGGUUUUAAAAGGGUUGCAAUGGUUUCUUUCAAAAAAAUUCAAACCUCUGCAGUUUUUAAUUGAAUUUAAAAGUAAAAAGAAUUAUAAAAGGGUGGAAGAAAGGUUUAAUUGGGCCUAUAAAACUGCAUUGAAUACGAUAAGUAAAAAAUUAGAACAGACGGAUUAUUAA